GUGAUUAUUUUGCAGAAAAACUAAAUAAAGGCCCUGCGGUCGGUCGCCAUUUCCCCUCGUCGGCAUAUUUCACUUGCAGCGCCGCUUGGCCAACCAGAACACGCUAAAUUUAACAAUCGAUCUAAAAGGCGCUCCACCACCACCUCUUCAAAGGAGUCCGCUUGGCAAAACACCACCGACGAGCCUCCAACAUCUUCUUCACACUACAUUCGUUUUUGUUAGUGCGCUGCUGUCCGUCUCUCUCUGCAUCACCGCCAACCCGGCAGACGUCACUAGCAAAUCUUCAAAGUGUCUGCAAUCACUGAUCCAUCGCCAGAUAUGGCGUCGUAUGUUCGGCUCUGCCCUACGAUCGUUCUGGCAUACCAUGACAAGCUAUGACCGACAUUCCUCUUACGACUCCCCUUACCGAACAGGUCAACACGUCCCCCUCGGACAAAGUCGACACGAUCCCUUAACAUCAGUUGCCACCGCUGCCUCCGAAUCGCGUGCCGAUAUCAAUUCUCCUUAUCACGAAGAUGCUGCAGGUAGACACUCAACGUCCGCAUUGAAUGGGGGUGCUUAUCCCGGAUCACAUGCCGGACAACCAAAAAGCCCGGCCCCGCAUUCACCAUAUUCUCCCGGCAUGAGAUCGAGUGCUGCCCUCGCAAGAACCAACAGUGCAAAUGAAAACUUCGAGAAUGUCACCCCGGGCGAGAUACAAUUACAGGCGUUCCAAGAAGGAUUACCUCCACCACCGCCUGUCGAGCACUCGUGGAAGCGAAUUGAUCGGUGGGCAGAAGAGAAUUACCCGGAGCUUCAUGACCAGCUUGGUGAGGGAUGUACAAACAAUGACCUGAACGAGUUAGAACACCAAUUAGACUGCUCGCUGCCCAUGGAGGUGCGCGAAUCAUUGCAGGUUCAUGAUGGUCAAGAACGUGGUGGCAUGCCUACUGGUAUCAUAUUUGGCUGUAUGCUGCUGGACUGCGAGGAGAUUGUUCAGGAAUGGGAUAACUGGAAGAAAGUGAAUCUCGAGUACCUCAAUGAGCCCGUCAACUUCAAGCCAGCUACACCCAUGAAGGCCCUCGGUGGCAGCUCAUCAUCCUCUUCCAAACCACCCCCGCUGCAGACUGGACAAAAUAUUCACUGGAGACAAGAUCUACUUGCUCGCCAGGACUCUCAACCAUCAAAUGCCAUCCAAAAGGUCUACGCACAUCCGUCCUGGAUUCCCUUGGUCCGAGAUUGGGGUGGAAAUAAUUUGGCUGUUGAUUUGGCGCCUGGUCCAGCAGGGAAGUGGGGUCAGGUUAUUCUAUUCGGGCGGGAUUACGACUGCAAGUAUGUUGUCGCACGCUCGUGGUCUGCUUUCUUGGCAACAGUUGCGGACGAUCUGAACAGCGGUAAAUGGUUUGUUGAUGAGGAGACCAAUGAGCUCAAGCUGAGAGAGUUCAAGUCGAAAAAUGUUGAACCUGGAUAUCUGAACAUCUUGAGAUGGAGAAUGGAUCAGAAGUAUGGCCGCAAAGGAGUUCGACGCCGACCACAGGGACCGAACGGUCAAGCCGCUGGAUCUCCGUCGGGAUCACCCUACGCCAGCCCGACGGCUGAGACUGGAGAACCUCGAGGACGCUCAAUGCAGCGAUUCAGUGGAGCUUCGCCUGUCCCAAGUCCAAAUCGUCCAAACUAUGGCAAAUCCAGUCCACUGGCCCGAGUGACAGAAGAGAGCUCGGCACCUAUCAAAGUUCACACAAGUGGCAUUAAGCCAGCAAAACUUGUCGACGUUGAGACACCACGACCGAGUGAAGACCAAAAGCCAAACAAGACUUUGGAGUCGUUACUCGAGCCUGUUUCGCUAGAUGAUGACAAGGAGAACACGAAGGCCGGCGACUCGAACCUCAAGAAGGUGAUGACAAACGGCAACGCGAAGACGGCCACAGUUGAAGACGACACGACGAUGAAGACGGUUGAGAUCUAAGGAUCGGCCCUCCUUUCCUAAUUCUCUAAAUCGACAUGGAACAAGGCGU